CUUCAGCAGAGCAGAAAGCGUAGUGUAAUUGUCCCUUGCCUCAUUAAGAUUGUCUAGAUUAGACCUUUGCUAACAAUCCAGUCUUUACAUUAUCAGACUAAGAAUCUCUCUUUCCUCCUUUUUAAGCAUUUUCUUGCAUCCUGCUCACUUUUAAGACUGAUUUGUGUCCACAUCUAAUUGGCAACUGAGCCCAUUCUUUUCUUUAGAUCCUAAAAUUUAAAAUUGCUGCACAAUCAUCACAACUAUUAUCAUUACUCAUGAUAGUGAUUUAUCUUUUAAUAUGAUUGUGUUACAGCAAAAAUAGAUCAUAGUUUGAAGAUAUAUCUUAUCCAUGAAAGAUUUUUCCAGCCAUGCUUUGCCAGCAUACUUGUGAUAGCUGCUCAGAGUAGCAACAUAACAUUAUGAAUUCACUCAUAAUUCACACAUACAGCAUCUUCAGUUCAUUACAAUCUAACUAAUUGUCAACAUUGACAAGUAUCAAAAAAUUUCUUCUGCACCAAUCAGUCAAAUUUUGUAGUCUUUUUCUUUUAGUGAUGUUUGGGUAUAAAAGGGCUUAAGACCAUCUUAGAGGUAUUGCUUCUGAAACGCCACUGGAGGCUGUGUGUUACAGACUGGCAGCCGAAUGAGCUGUCACAUAACAUUGCCUGAUUUAUGGCUCAUAAAUAUUUUGUUUCAGUCUGGCGAUUGAGAACUCAAAGGGACAAUGUGGGACUCAGAGUCAGCUUGCAAUCAACUGGCUUGAGUGUAAUGUGUAAAUCAACAUGUGUACAUGUGCAUAAAAAGACUCCCUUUGUUAUUGUUUUCACUGUGUUAUUAACCCUAAAUCUGACAGUCACAUAGCCUCUCUGACACACUGUCUUCAUUCAGUCUGACUGGUAUUAGAAAAUAUUGACAUUAAAGUAAUUCAUGUGUCUUGUUCUAUUGUAAACUGCAGUAAACAAGAAUGGUUGUUUGCCACUAUAAAUCCUAUGAGGUCCAACAGAAGUCUCAUACAAAGGAAAAUGUCAUCAGUGUUCGGCUUUGUUGAAAGACUCAAGGGGAAUAAAAGUAACAUUUGUACGACAGUCUGCUGAAAAAUGUAAAUAUAUAAAAAAUGUGUUUUUAUUGCAAUGCACUGCAUUACAUUCAAAAAGUAUUUCUUAUUGUAAGCAUUAAAGUCCAGCAGUAAUUCAUGUGACAGGUUACAUUAUAUAAAGGAAAUAAUUAUUGUCUUUAAAGUAUGUUUGUAUUCUUUGUUGUUAAUGGCAUGUCUUUCAGUCAAACAGAGCCUUUUUGUAUAAAAGAGCGGACUGCAGGUAAUUACACUCUGUUAAAUGGAAUACAAAUUAUGUCAUUAUGGCUACAUUUGUCUGCUUAGAAAGGCUUCUGCUACUCUCCAGCUUUGAAGAUAGUACAUGGAUUUUACUGCAUUGUAGCCAUUCUACCGUGAAGUGCAAUGUCUGAUCCUUUCCGAAUGAAAAGAAAAGUCAGCAUGAGCUUCAAAAGCUUGAAGACAUGAUCUACAUGUAAACAUGUAUAGUACUAUAGAUGCUCAGCCACCUGCACAACAACACAUUAAAAUGCUGUUUUAGUGUUCAUAUCAGACAGGUGAAAGAUCAGGAAAGAACAUGUAGGCGGUAUAGUGGUGCAGCUUACAGACAAAUCAGGGAAAAAAGUCAGUGAAGGGGAAGAGGCUUAUCAUGGUCGAGUGUUCCUUUUGUGACAUUGUAUCACUGCCAUCCAGAAGGGUGCCAACUCUGCUGACAGGACAGCAGAGCUUACAAAGCAUAACUUUGCUUUUUGUUUGAGUUUAAAAGGGCAUUUAUUUACUCCAGGGAAACAAGGCUUAUGUGCUGGAUGCUGUGUUUUUAGUUAUGAAACAACUAGUCGCAGCUUGUUCUGACGACUCUCCUGUAAGUACAAGAUUUUCAAAUUCUGUGUCUGCUCUCGAGGGACCCAACUGGUUCCUCACGCCUUCAAAUAUUUGCCCUCUGCAGCAUGAGGGGAAUCACGUUCUGAAGUUAUUUGAACCAUUUCAGAGGACCUACUUUAUCAUCUUGUGACACAACUCCUAGGAUACAUUGAGGGCCAGGGGAAGUGCAGGCUAGUGCUUGUCUAAUCACAGAUUUUGGUUAUAUAGUUCAGGAUUAACACUUUGACUGUCUUGGGAAGGAUAGGGAUGCUUUCAGAACCUGUCUGCCAUUUUUUUUUGCACAGCUUCAUGGGUGACCAGGAGACUGAUCUGGCAGCUAUUGGAGAUGAUGGCAGCAAUGAUGAUUUUCUACUUAUUAUCUACACUCCACCAAACAUGAAAAGGAUGUAAAUGGAGAAGAAGCUGCACCACCAAGAGAAACCGGGCAUCCAUACAGUUUUAAAGCGUUUUGCAUUAAAACGCAAACAGCGUUCUCUUCUCUUUAGACUACUCCAUUAUUGACAAUUAAUGUCAAACUGCACGCUGGAGCAGCUUAAUGCUGCCUCACUGGGUGGAACAUCACUAAUGGAAAAAAAGCCUUAUAAGAUCCAUCUCACCAAAAUACACCUAAGAGCAGCAUAAUGCCUUCAAAAGUAUCAUGUCUAUAUUUGUUGACCGUGGUCUGCUGGGCAAGCGCUUUGUGGUACCUGAGUAUUUCUCGCCCUACAUCCACUUAUGUCGGCCACAUGUCUGUGCCUAUACGGAAGACUGUGAAACAUCAGAAAAACAUCACCUUCACCAACAUCCGUACCCGACCCCUCAACCCACAUGCCUUUGAAUUUCUAAUCAAUGAGCCGAAGAAGUGCGAAAGUGUUGCGCCUUUCCUCGUAAUCCUCAUCAGCACCACACACAAGGAGUUUGAUGCACGGCAAGCCAUCAGAGAAACCUGGGGGGAUGAGAGCACCUUCAGCGACAUUGGCAUUCUCACAAUCUUUCUGCUGGGCAGGAACACGGACACUGUCCUGAAUCAGAUGGUGGAGCAGGAGAGUCAGAUUUUCCAUGAUAUUGUGGUGGAGAACUUUAUUGAUUCAUACCAUAAUCUCACUCUCAAGACCAUGAUGGGCAUGCGCUGGGUGGCAACUUUCUGUCCUAAGGCACAGUAUGUCAUGAAGACAGACAGUGACAUCUUUGUCAACAUGGACAACCUGAUUUACAAGCUCCUUAAGCCCACCACUAAGCCAAAAAGGAGAUAUUUUACUGGCUAUGUGAUAAACGGUGGUCCCAUCAGGGAUAUGCGCAGCAAGUGGUACAUGUCCAGAGACUUGUAUCCUGAAAGUAAAUACCCACCUUUCUGCUCAGGCACGGGUUAUGUGUUCUCAGCAGAUGUAGCCGAGCUGAUCUACAAGACAUCAUUACACACAAGACUAUUGCACCUGGAGGAUGUUUAUGUGGGACUGUGUUUGCGUAAGCUGGGUAUACACCCUUAUCAGAACAGUGGUUUCAAUCACUGGAAAAUGGCUUACAGUCUCUGCAGAUACAGGCGGGUUAUCACCGUCCACCAGAUCUCCCCGGAGGAGAUGCACCGUAUUUGGAAUGACAUGUCCAGCAAAAAACACCUGAGAUGUUAGGAGACAUGCAGAUUGCUGAACAUCCAAUUUGUCUCCUUUUCAAGUACAGAAAAAGAGGUAAAGACCAAUAAUAAUGUAAAAACUCUGAGGGCUGCUGGAAAUCUUUUAUUUCAUGAUAAAUGUCUUCAUUGACUUCUUUCCAUCAUUUACUCAUGCUGGUUACGCCUCGUGGUUUUUAAGGAACUUCCAUGAGGCUUGUAAAGUGUGUAUUCUCACACAAAGGUUUUGUGCUCCUAGUCCAACAAAAUACCGACUAUUCUUAAUGAAAAUUAAGUCAGUCAGAAAAAAAAUAAUUAAUUGGCGUAGCCUAAUCAGUAGACAGCGUGUCAUUCAGGCAGCCUUGGUUCAAAUCCUCACACUCAGAACCUCUUGCCCUGUUUAAGUGUCCUUGUAAAAGAAUCUCCUCCAGCUCCACGGCUGCUACCCCGGCACCCUGUGUACCCACCUGCAGGAGUGCAAGCCAAAAAGAGUAGAAUGUGAAAUAAUUAAUAAAGUAUAUCUUUAAAAGAAAAGUUUAGAAAAGCUUCUGAACAAUAAGAAUGCAAAUAUAACCAGGCUGCAGACAUCUGCUCUCAUGCAGCUCCAUCUUUUUAUCGAAGCUGAAAAUAAGAUGCAGUAUACUACCAAUAUCCAACACCAAGUAAGUUAAAACGAUGGUCUGAUAUAACCUGACAGUUUUCCAAAAGAGAAUUUAUAUACUUGCUGCUUUUAUUACAAAUAUGCCUAAUAUUUUUGUUUACAUGCUCUCAUCAUCACAUUGCCUUUUCUCUCUGAAAACAUUGUGUGUAUAUUUUGGGUUUUAGAUGCAUUUUCUUGUCUUCCCACUUUGACAUUUCCAAGCUUGAGGUAAUUAUACAUCUCAGCUACCGGCUUCUCAUUACUGCAGCUGCUGCUCUUGGUUAUGUGUGCUGUACAUCAGCAGCUGUUUCAGCUCAUCAGCUCUUCCACGCAUCAAGAAAAAAAAAUACUGUACCCUGUUGUGCAAGUAUCGGUUUAAUUGUAGCAGAGACAAUUACAGACUGGAUUAUUAUCACAUGUCUCUGGCAUAUCAAUUGCUGCUACCCACAACAUGGAAAAUUCAUCUGUUUUCUGAGAAAAUGUGGCUUUGACGGCCAGGUUUUCUUUUUUUCUGAGGUUUGUAGUAUUAAAAGCUAACGUGGCAUUUACUGUGAACGCAUCUAUCCCACAAGGGGUUGUUGUUAUAUAUUGUAUGUUUUUUUUAAUAUUAAAAAUCUAAUUCUUGAAUAAUUCAUAUUAAUUUACUGCUUUUACGUGCUGCCUUCCUGGGUCCUGGUCAUGGGUCUGUUGAGAUAUUUUGAGUAGUAGUUUAUUUAUAAGGUUCCUGUAAACGAUUGUUUAAAGUCAUUUUGGUAUCUAAUGAAAACUUCUUAU